AUGUGCAACAGUCUCUUGGUGAUUCUGAAUGCAUGUGCUGCUGAACCCGAGGUUUGGCUCCCUGUCGUCGCAGCGAAUCAGUUUGCAUCCGUGGCAACUUUACAGAAGCUGUCGGCUUUGCUGCCGAGCACUGCUGAUGCUUCGGAAAAGAUGAAAGCCGCUCAACAAGUGGCCGACUCCACUACAAAACUGUUGGUUGCAAGCCGGGACAAGAAGGAGCAUCGACCCAAAAUGCCCAGAAUCAUCAGCGGCCUGCACCAAGACAAGCUCACCGCCAGAGAGCACAUCCGAGCGGUUGGCAAUGUCCUGAAUCACUUGGGAGUGGCAUUGGAUGACAUUUUUCCAAAGAGCCCCCUAAAGCCUCUGGCCCCAACUUCUGAGAUCUUGGCGACUUAUGAAAUGGACGGCAAGACUAUGCCUUUCGUUGCAUCUCUUCAAGACGCGACUUCAAGAUGGGACGUCCCGGACACUGAGUCCGCACAUGUUCGAUUGAUCGUGUGCCCUGACGAGGGCAGCCCGAUGUUCAGCAGCUAUGUGUUUUUGGCCACCCGGAAUGCCGCCAUCAAUUUGUGCCGCGAUGAAUUGCUACUAGGCUGCUACUUGUUUCAUUCAAGGGAAUGCAGCGCCGAAUGCCAGAAUUACUCCAUAGUCAUAAUCGUUGCCCUGCAACAGCCAAGGCACAAGCUGAGCCAGCAUUGCCAGCGAGUCCUGGCAUCGUCGCCUAUGAUGAAGCGAUCCUCGGAUGAGACUAGUUCGGGUUCUGUCCUGGAUUUUUGUGUGUGGCAGCUGCUAGGGACAUUGUGGGUUUGA